GGGGUCUGGCCAGUGAUUGGAACCCGGAGGCUGGGAGAUCUUGCGGCUCAAACCCGUGACAGGGACGGGGAAACUGGUGUCCACUGAGGAGGUUGGGCUAGUUGGGAUGGCCACUGGCUGGGGGAGCCUCUUGCAGGAUGAGCAGCAGCUGGAAGAGCUGGCACGGCAGGCGGUGGACCGGGCCCUGGCUGAGGGAGUGUUGCUGAGGACUGCACGGGAGCCCAGCUCCUCGAAUGUGGUGAGCUAUGCCCCCUUCACGCUCUUCCCCUCACUGGUCCCCACUGCCCUGCUGGAGCAGGCCUAUGCUGUGCAGAUGGACUUCAACCUGCUGGUGGAUGCUGUCAGCCAGGAUGCUGCCUUUCUGGAGCAAACUCUCUCCAGCACCAUCAAAAGGGAUGACUAUACCGCUCGUCUCUUUGACAUCCACAAGCAAGUCCUAAAAGAGGGUGUUGCCCAGACUGUGUUCCUGGGCCUGAAUCGCUCGGACUACAUGUUCCAGCACAACACAGAUGGCUCCCCAGCCCUGAAACAGAUUGAAAUCAACACCAUCUCUGCCAGCUUUGGGGGCCUGGCCUCCCGGACUCCGGCUGUGCACCGACAUGUUCUCAAUGUCCUGAGCAAGACCAAAGAAGCUGCCAAGAUCCUCUCCAAUAAUCCCAGCAAGGGACUGGCCCUGGGGAUUGCCAAAGCCUGGGAGCUCUACGGCUCAGCCAAUGCUCUGGUUCUACUCAUUGCUCAAGAGAAGGAAAGGAACAUAUUUGACCAGCGUGCCAUAGAGAAUGAGCUACUGGCCAAGAAUAUCCAUGUAAUUCGGCGAAGGUUUGAAGAUGUCUCUGAAAAGGGGUCUCUGGAUCAAGACCGAAGGCUGCUUAUGGACGGCCAGGAAGUUGCUGUGGUUUACUUCCGGGAUGGCUACAUGCCAAAUCAGUACAGUCAACAGAACUGGGAAGCACGUCUGCUGCUGGAGAGGUCAUGUGCUGUCAAGUGUCCAGACAUUGCCACCCAGCUGGCUGGGACUAAGAAGGUGCAGCAGGAGCUGAGCAGAGUGGGUGUGCUGGAGAUGUUGCUCCCGGGCCAGCCUGAGACUGUGGCCCGCCUCCGUGCCACCUUUGCUGGCCUCUACUCGCUGGACAUGGGUGCAGAAGGGGACCAGGCCAUCGCUGAGGCCCUUGCUGCCCCCAGCCGGUUUGUGCUAAAGCCCCAGAGAGAGGGUGGAGGUAACAACCUCUAUGGUGAGGAGAUGGUGCAGGCUCUGCAGCAGCUGAAGGACAGCGAGGAGAGGGCCUCCUACAUCCUCAUGGAGAAGAUUGAACCUGAGCCUUUUGGGAACUGCCUGCUACGGCCUGGCAGCCCUGCCCAAGUGGUCCAGUGCAUCUCAGAGCUGGGCAUCUUCGGAGUCUAUGUCAGGCAGGGGAAGACACUUGUGAUGAACAAGCACGUGGGACAUCUGCUUCGAACCAAAGCCAUCGAGCACGCAGAUGGUGGUGUCGCAGCAGGAGUGGCAGUCCUAGACAACCCAUACCCUGUGUGAGGGCGCAGUCAGGCCCUCUGGGACUUCACUCAAGAGGCCUUCUAUCCCUCAUACUUGUCAUUCCUCUAACCCUCCUGAGGGGUUGCCCUCCCCCUACCUUGGGAGGGCUAGUCUCUUCUGGAGACCUCCAGGGUCUUCAUGGAAGGUGAAUGCUGGGUACCUUCCCCUAGCUCUCCCAUCUGAGGACCAGAAAAGCUGUGUUUCCCUUAGGUGAGCUCUAGAGGCCCUUAAAUCCUCAGGUGUGGGUACAGCUGAAAGGAAGUUGAUCUGAGGUAAGGGUCCAUAACCCUGCCUCCCUCCUGUCAGCUCCUCUUUAGCCUUUUCAGCAGGUUCCAGUGUCUGACUUGGGAUAGGACUGAGGGGUAGGAGGAGCAGGGUGGAGAGGCAUAGCCUUUCCCCACCUCUGCCUUAAAUAAAACCGUGUUGCUGAUUCUGUGA